AAGCUCGAGGAGCGGCAUCCUCCUUACGCUAGCCGAGGCAGAGAAGAGGCCAGAGAGGAGGCGGCGGGGGGAGGAGGCAAAGGAGCCUACUGCGGAGAAGAAAGUGUCGGAGCCGGUUCGGCUUUAGAGUGUGGUGAAGGGUACUUUUCAUGUUGCAUGGAAGGAAAGCCAAUGCGCAGGUGUACCAACAUUCGACCAGGAGAGACUGGAAUGGAUGUAACAAGCCGCUGCACCCUUGGAGACCCCAACAAACUACCAGAAGGGGUUCCCCAACCUGCCCGCAUGCCCUAUAUCUCAGACAAGCACCCUCGACAAACCUUGGAAGUGAUUAACCUUCUGAGAAAGCACCGGGAGCUGUGCGAUGUGGUGCUAGUUGUGGGCGCCAAGAAGAUAUAUGCCCAUCGAGUCAUUUUGUCAGCCUGUAGUCCCUACUUCCGAGCUAUGUUUACAGGGGAAUUGGCAGAGAGCCGUCAGACGGAAGUUGUGAUCCGAGACAUAGAUGAGAGGGCUAUGGAACUACUGAUAGACUUUGCAUAUACCUCCCAGAUAACUGUGGAAGAGGGCAAUGUUCAGACCCUUCUGCCAGCUGCUUGCCUACUUCAGCUGGCAGAAAUACAGGAAGCCUGUUGUGAAUUCUUAAAGAGACAAUUAGAUCCUUCUAACUGCCUGGGCAUUCGGGCUUUUGCUGACACACAUUCAUGUCGUGAGUUGCUAAGGAUAGCAGACAAGUUCACUCAACAUAACUUUCAAGAGGUGAUGGAAAGUGAAGAGUUCAUGUUGCUUCCAGCCAAUCAACUCAUUGAUAUAAUAUCUAGUGAUGAACUAAAUGUUCGCAGUGAAGAACAGGUGUUCAAUGCAGUGAUGGCCUGGGUUAAAUACAGUAUUCAAGAAAGACGUCCUCAGUUACCCCAGGUGCUGCAGCAUGUUCGUUUGCCUUUGCUUAGUCCCAAGUUUCUGGUGGGUACUGUAGGCUCUGAUCCCCUCAUCAAAAGUGAUGAAGAAUGCAGAGACUUGGUAGAUGAGGCUAAAAACUAUCUUCUAUUGCCUCAAGAACGACCACUAAUGCAAGGACCAAGGACAAGACCACGGAAACCUAUUCGAUGUGGAGAAGUACUCUUUGCAGUUGGUGGUUGGUGCAGUGGAGAUGCCAUUUCCAGUGUUGAACGAUAUGAUCCACAGACCAAUGAAUGGCGAAUGGUAGCUUCAAUGAGCAAAAGGCGAUGUGGAGUUGGGGUCAGUGUUCUUGAUGACCUGUUAUAUGCAGUAGGAGGCCAUGAUGGGUCCUCUUAUCUCAAUAGUGUUGAAAGGUAUGACCCCAAAACAAACCAAUGGAGCAGUGAUGUUGCUCCUACAAGCACCUGCAGGACAAGUGUUGGUGUGGCUGUGCUUGGAGGCUUUCUCUAUGCUGUGGGUGGCCAGGAUGGAGUGUCUUGCCUCAACAUCGUUGAGAGGUAUGAUCCGAAGGAGAACAAGUGGACUCGGGUGGCUUCUAUGAGUACUAGGAGACUAGGCGUGGCUGUGGCUGUGUUAGGAGGGUUCUUAUACGCUGUAGGUGGCUCUGAUGGGACAUCUCCACUCAACACAGUGGAGCGUUAUAAUCCUCAGGAAAACAGAUGGCACACCAUAGCCCCUAUGGGGACCCGGAGGAAACACCUAGGCUGUGCAGUGUAUCAGGAUAUGAUCUAUGCCGUAGGAGGUAGAGAUGACACUACAGAGCUUAGCAGUGCUGAGAGAUACAACCCCAGAACCAACCAGUGGUCUCCAGUGGUGGCUAUGACAUCCCGCCGUAGUGGAGUUGGCCUGGCAGUAGUGAAUGGACAGCUCAUGGCUGUAGGAGGUUUUGAUGGCACAACGUACUUGAAGACCAUUGAAGUUUUUGAUCCUGAUGCCAAUACAUGGAGGUUAUAUGGCGGGAUGAAUUACCGUCGGCUUGGAGGUGGUGUAGGAGUUAUAAAAAUGACACAUUGUGAAUCCCAUAUAUGGUGAACAUACAGAAGACAGUCAUGCAUAUGCUCCUCUGUAUUGUGGAGAGCUUUGACUUUGGAGCUUUGUACAGCUCUAGAAAACACUAAACAAAUUUUAUUCUUUGCCGGUGCCUCAACAUGUGGAAAUACAAAUACAUUGAAAGUACUUCACCUGCAAGACGCCACCUUUGCACAGUAAUUUUCAGUUCUGUGCAGAAGAAUAUUUAUUUUUGGUUUUAAUUUAUCAUGGGAUUUUUGUUGCUGGGUUUUUGGUUUUUUGUUUUUGUUUUGGGAUUUAGCCUUCCUCCCACCAAAAGAGAAAAAAAGGAAAGACAAAAAAAAAAAAGACAAACAUUUCAAGCAGUAAAACCUUAUUUUUAAGAUACUGAUUAAGUUUGAAACUACUAAUAAGGGAAGAGGUCUAUAUGGGAUCUAGUUGUCAGUUCUAAGCACUCCAUCCACAAGACUCCACUACUUACAGGGACUUACUUACCAGUGACAAAGAUAGGUAUGCAAGGUGUAUUAGUUAGCCAUCAUUCUUGCACUAAGCACCAGAAGACUUGAAAAUCUAAAAAACAAAACAAAGGAAACAUCUCAUUUAACUAGAACAAUUCAAAAGGAACAUUAAAUCAGUAAGACCAGGACUCAGAUGCCAAAGUUUUCAUCAGUGGAAGCUCACAUCUUGUUUCCUUCCUUAUGGUCUUGUUUGCCACUAUAAAGUCUUUUUUUCAAAUAUUUCCAUAGAGUUCCUGCUAGAUCUAGAGCUCUGCUCAGUGCCUCUACAAAAACAGUAUAUGAUUCUCAUAUACUGUCUUGAGAAUCCCCCAGUAGAAUCACGUGUAACUCUGCAAGUUUUUGCUCAAAAAUGUUACUGACUGAAGCAACUUUCCUUUCUAUUUCCUAUUGCUACUAAGGACCAGCAGGGAGAAAUGUCCUCUCCCCAGCAGUGAAUACUGUUAUGCAAUUUACACUUGAUGCUCAGGCCUGCGGAAGCUGAGGCUUACCUGUAAUCACAGCCUCCAAGGGAAUGAAUUCUUCAGUUCGUGUAAUAGUAUGCUAACGAGUAUAAAAUCAAUUGAGGCAUUUAAUUAAUAAAAUCUUGGUUCUUUUAUAAAAACUAUAUAUCAUUAUCCUCAUUCUAUAAAGCCACUAUUACCACUACUCUCAAAUUGCACUU